GUCAGAAUACCGGGCCAGCCACUCAGCUCUGCAGCGGGACCUUACCUGUUCCUCUAUCCAGCAGCACGCUGUCUUCCCGGCUUCUUUAGUGUGGGCACUGGGCAUGACAGCCGGGUGCCAAGUCAGCAGUCAUCUCCUGUACUGUCCGCAGUCUCUGGUCAUCCCUGUACUGUCCAAAGUCUCUGGUCAUCUCCUGUACUGUGUCCACAGUCUCUGGUCAUCCCCUGUACUGUGUCCGCAGUCUCUGGUCAUCCCCUGUACUGUGUCCGCAGUCUCUGGUCAUCCCCUGUACUGUGUCCGCAGUCUCUGGUCAUC